AUGAAACCGGGAACGAUUGAUCCGGCGUUGGCCGAAAUUGGAAAGAAGAACGGGCUUCUGGUGUGGCGGAUUAAUAAAUUCGAAUUGGAGCCGGUUCCGGAGCGGGAGCACGGAAUCUUCUUCAUCGGUGACGCCUACAUUGCGUUGAAUCAAAAGUACGAAGGAUGCUGGGAUGUCCACUUCUGGCUCGGAAAAAACGCCUCGACUGACGAAAUCGGUGUGGCUGCUAUCAAGACUGUGGAGAUUGAUGAUUCCCUCGGCGGAAUCCCGACUCAACACCGUGAGGUCCAAAAUUACGAGUCGCCCUUGUUCCUCUCCUACUUCACCGAUGGUAUCCGCUACGUCGCCGGUGGCUACGAGUCUGGCUACAAUCAUGUGGAGGAUCAGUUCAAAAACUGGAAACCGCAUUUGUUCCAUUGUAAGGGAAAGCGUAAUGUGAGAUGUACUGAGGUCGAGUGCGAGGUGGCCUCCCUCAACUUGGGCGACGUCUUCAUUUUGGAUCUCGGAAAGGAUAUCUACAUCUGGAUGCCACCUGAGAGUGGAAGACUGGAGAGAAUUAAGGGAAUGGCUCGUGCCAAGAAUAUCGCUGAUGUGGAGAGAAUGGGCGCGUCGAAAGUGCACAUUUUGGAUGAUGUUGAGUGGGAUAAUGAUCCGACGUUUUGGAGUUAUUUUGGAGGGGUUAAUGCGGUGAAGAAGGUGUCGAAGGGUGCAGAUGAUGAUGAUAACUAUUGGAAGCGCUUGACCGAACAGAUCACCCUCUGGAAGGUCUCCGACGUCACUGGCGCCGCCAAAGUCUCCAUGGUUGCUCAGGGUGAAAACUUGAGAAAGGAGCAGCUGGACUCGAAGGACGCCUUCAUUCUCGACGCCAUCAAUGGUGGAAUUUUCGUUUGGAUCGGAAAGGAGUGUACCCUUGAGGAACGUUCAAAGGCUCUCAUCUGGGGACAGAACUACCUUAAGCAGCAUCAUCUUCCCCGUUGGACUCAAGUCACCCGUGUCUUGGAUACAGCUGAGAAUACUCAGUUCACGCAAUGGUUCCGUGAUUGGGUUGAUGAGAAGAAGAAGAACACUUUCGAGCCGCUUCUCUUCCAGGUCUCCGACGAAAGCGGACUCCUUCACGUUGAGGAAAUCGCCAACUUCACUCAAGAAGACCUCGACGGAGACGAUGUGAUGAUUCUCGAUGCGCGUAACUCGAUCUACGUCUGGGUUGGAGCCAAUGCGAACCCGAAUGAGAAGAAGGAGGCGUUGAAUACUGCGAAGGCUUACCUGGAGAAGGAUAAGAUGCCACGUCAUAAGAAGACGUCCAUCGACACGAUCUAUCAAGGUCAGGAGCCACCGACUUUCAAGAAGUUCUUCCCCAAGUGGGAUGAUAAUUUGUUCAAGAAUGUGAGUGGGAUGGGGAGUGUAUCUUUUAGACUGUGCGUCGCGUGUCGGCGAUCUUAA